CUGUUUGUUUUUGUGCUCAUAAAGACACAUUCGAAGCUUAAAAUUGUCUGUUCUCAGAUCGUAACAUCGAGUAAAGGGUUAAAAAUGGGCCGCAAAGCCAAUACAACAGUGAAACCGAAAAAGGCACCAGCAACACAAUCCAGCAAUAAAAGAACGUCAAAGUCUUCGAUAAAGAAAAUCAAAGAUUAUGAUCGUUGCAAGGAGUGGUUGCUGGAACAAAAAUCCGUACCACACGACGUCGUACCGAACCACAACAUCAACGAUGACCUGAAUUCAGAAUUCGAUAAUGAAUUGUACAGAAAACCCGAGUCGGAAGACAGGCCUGUUGAAUCUGUGGCGAGAGGUGCUGAAAAAUUGAAUAUAAACAUUUUGUGUGAAUGGAAGCGCUGUCGCUACGAAAGUAUCAAUUUGACCGAGUUUCGUUUGCAUGUCGACGAUCACAUCGCAAAUAUAACGCCACAAGAAACGUACGACUGUCACUGGGACCUGUGCAACUACAAAACCAACGAUAAAACCGAAAUGAUCAUCCACAUUGGAUUCCAUGUCUACCACACCAAUUUGAAGAAUAUCGGUGAAUGCUACCUGCAGUCGAAGGACAAUCUGCCACCUUGCGUCCUGGACUCUCGUUGCAGAAAUUUGAUACCGGAUGAGAAUAUGAGCCACGAAUGCAAAUGGGAAGACUGCGACAGAACGUUUCUGAAAAUCAGCGAUUUUAUGGACCAUGUUCGUGAUCACGGUGCGCACGAGGCGAAAUUCAGAAAACAAAAUGCGAAAAAUGCAAUGAUUUGUCGCUGGGCGAAUUGUGGAAAAUCAUUUACGGUCAUUGCAAUCUUUGCCGAUCAUCGACGCACCCACACCAAACAGAAACAAUGCGGCUGCCCCAAUUGUGGAACUCUGUUUCGCAAUUUCUCAAAAUUCUAUGACCAUUUCAGACGGCAGGCCGCGACAAAUGAGUUUCAAUGCAGCCAGUGCCUGAAAUACUUCUUCUCCAUGGAAUUGCUUCGAAACCAUCAACACGUUCAUGUAAAUCGAUACAAAUGUACCAUGUGUGAUAUGACAACAUCAUCGCCGUCAGGGCUUGUCCAACACGUUCGCUAUAGGCAUGUGAAAGAGAAGCCAUUCGCUUGCACACUGUGUGAUUAUGGGGCCGUUUACAAACAUGACUUGGAUAAACAUAUGCUGGCUCUGCAUAACAACGAUGAAACGCUGUACGAAUGCCAAGAGUGUGAAUACAAUACGAAUAAGCUACACAUUCUGAGAAAGCACUUCAAAGACCACCACGGUGAACGGGUGUACGCAUGUCAUAUCUGCCCGAAAAAGUACAACUAUGGCAAUCUGCUGUCGAAUCAUCUGAUCAAAAAGCACGAAUUUCAACUUCCACACGGCCAUUAUCGAUUCAACUAUCGCCAGGACUUGGAUGGAUUUUUCAGUGUGCAAACGACCCGAACCGAAAGCUUGGAAGUCACCCAGCAAGUAAUGAAACCGAAUAACAUAGAUGCGGCCGAAACGAGUGACAUGAGCUUCGAAAUAUCAGAAUUGCAUGAGUCGGACAAAGGGCUAAAAAUCGAGGUGACCGGCAAAGCUAAGGAAACAACAACAACGGCACCGGUCUUCUACGAUUCGUCCAACGAUGAAAAUUUGUUCUUUACGCUGCCGGACUUGAAUUUCGAUUCGAAUAGUGAGGAAGAUGUGAAAAGCGGUAAAACUGAGCGGAAAGAGAAAUGCGGUGCGACGACAAACACAACUAUCGAUGAGAGUCCAAUCAAAUCGGAAAUUGAUUUUUCGUCAACUGUUGACGGGAGUUGUUCGUCGGAUAUAAAGAACUUUUCGGUUAUGAAACGGUACUUGAAGAAGGAGAAGCAGAGCAAUAUUAUCAUCGAAUUGAACGAGGUGGACGAGGCCGGUGUCGUUGUUAAAACACAAAUUGUUCAAGCGGACGAAUUCAGUGUGACUACCACGUAACGUUACGUUAAAUCUUGUCUAAUGUAAAGAAAAGAAUUUUAUUUUAUUUUAAUUGUUCGAAUUUAAGAGCUGAGGUCGACGAUGACGCCUGAGCAUUGAAAAGGCUAAAUUGUACAUAACGAAAUAAAACGAAAAUUGUGUCUGCAAUGUCUAAGUAA